CUAAUAGUUAGUUUGGGAAGAGUGACUUGUCUGUAAAUGUAAAUGUCAUAGUUAUCGGAAAUUUCGAGUGGAAAUUAAUCGCGAUGGCUGAAAAUAGAGAAGAAAUUCUUGCUAACUUUCAGACCAUUACUAAUGUUGAAGACGUCGACGAAGCAUUAUUUCACUUAGAAGAAAGCAAUUGGGAUUUACUGUCUGCAAUAAACAGAGUGUUGCCUCAAGAUGGUAACUCCACAACUCAAACAAAUAAUGCACAAGAUGAAGAAAUGAUUGAUGAUGACAUAUCUGUGAUAACUCCAAAAAACCACCCACCUGAUCGACAAGAUAAUAAUCAGGCUUCAACUUCUUCAUUAAGAAACAGCUCCUCUGAUUUAGUAGAACUUCAAGUUAACUGUAAUAAUAAGAUAAAAGAAAUUAUUAUGUCCGGUUCAGCAACUGUCAGUGAUUUAAAAAAUCGUUUAGAAAUGGUAUUUGGUAUACCAGUGUGUCAGCAACAGAUAUCUGGCCUGGGUGGGUCAAAGGCUACAUCCACAGCACUGCUUUCAAGUUUAGGUCUAGCUAGAAAUGCUGUUCUUCGGCUAAAAGCUGCAGAUGGAUUGAUGGCUGAUGAAGAGGUAGCAGAAAGACUGACAACUACAUAUGUUCUACAUGUUAAACAUGAAGAUAGAGAUUACACGCUCAAAUACCCAGGAACUAAAACUGUGCAAGAGGUUAAAAACGAUCUCUUCUCGCUGACAGAUAUACCCGUUAGAUAUCAGGUAUGGACAGGGUGGCCAAAUGUAACGGGCUUGGACGACACAGUGCUAGCGAUGGUGGGGUUAAAUCUACCUCAACAUGAACUAACAGUUCGUGGAGCUCCCAAACAGAGAGAAUAUAAGAGGAUAAUUGUAGAUAGUUCGGACAGUGAAAACAGUUCCGUGGAAGAGGUCGAAGAUGCCGAUUCAUUCCCUGCCGAAGAUGACAUGUUCGUCGAUGUUCCUUCCGACCGACUCCAGCCUUUGAUGUCCGAGCGUGUCCAAGAUGAAGCGCUAGGCUGUAUAGAGUUCGCGCAAAGGUUCCGAGCUCGUUAUGGACCCAAUUCACCUAACUUCUUCGAAGGGACACUGCAGGAUGCUAUCAAGGAGUCAUGUCUCACCCCAGCCAAAGAGAGGAAGCUCCUCGCAUUGUAUCUUCAUCAUGAGCAUUCGGUCCUAUCGAAUGUGUUUUGUGCCCAACUUCUCGGCUGUGAAACGGUGUUGCAGACACUUGCGGCUAACUUCAUAGUGUACGGCUGGGACCUCACUUACCCGGAUAACAUGAAUUUAUUACUAACGUCAGUGACAAAUGCCUUAGACCUCGUGGCGAGUAGGACGAUUCGAAGGAUUCCCAUUGACCGGUUGCCCGCGCUGCUUAUUAUCAUGCGCCUGCGCUCCAAUACAGAGAUCUACUCCGUUAUCAAUGGUAAUGUGGGGGUGUCGGAGUUGGUGGGAGGUUUAAUGGAGGCGGUGGAAAGAUUCGCGGUUCAAAGGGAAGAAGACGCGAAGGUCGAGAGGGAGAGACUCGCGAGGCAACGUGUCAAGUGGGAACAGGACGAGGCAUACCAGAUGAGUCUUGAUGCUGAUAGAGCAAAAGAGGAAAUAAAGAAGCAACUAGAGCUUGAACGGAAUCAAGAGAUAGAGCGGGCAGAGUCCGAGCGCCAAAUGCAGGAAGCGCACAAGGAGGCGCAAAGACUCGGCGCAGAGGCUCGGGUGCCCCCCGAGCCGGAGGCAGACGCCGGUGACGUCACGCGCAUAAGGGUGCGCCUACCCCCGCCCCACCAUGAGUGCUUAGAGAGGCGGUUUAGGGCGCAGGACACGCUGGCCGGGCUGUUAGACUUCUUAGCGUCGAAAGGUUACCCACAAGAGAACUACAAAGUUAUUUCUAGCUGGCCUAGAAGAGACCUGACCGCGGAAUCUCAGAGCAGUACACUAAAGGCACUCAAACUAUAUCCACAAGAAACCAUCGUUCUGGAGGAGCGGUGAAGCGCGCUAUUUUUUUUGCAACUACCCACCAUUUGUCAUACGGUUUUUUACCUAAACGGGGAUUUCCUCUUAACUUUGCCGUUUUUAAUAAAAUUGGAAUUGUGGGUUCAUUGUGAACAUUUCGUUGUAUUUAUUUUAUAUCGGUCCAGCCACGACGUCUCGAAAGUAUGAACGGGACUUUUCUGACUUUUCUAAGCGGAAAUUAACCACUAAUAGGAAAAUUUCUGCACAGAAUUUAAGCCAUGCCACCAUGCGAUUAGCUAAUUGGCGAGCUUGCUAUUUUUUUUAAUUCGUAUAAGGAAUCGUCUCCAUAACAGUGUCGAUGUAUGACUUAAUUGAAAUCAGUGAACUUAAAGAAAAACCUUGAUGCAAGUUUGCAUACCUCAAUAAAAUAUUAGCAUUUUCUAACUGCAACAUGUUACAAUAAUAAUUCUUAAUUUGUAUAAAUU